CUGUGUAAACAUACACGUUAACGCACAAGACAACACGCCCGGGGAUUUCUGUGGAUGUCAGGCUCUAUCCCGUGCGCAAUUCUCAAGCAAAACCAUACAAUAUAAAGACCGAAAACAGCUUUUACAAUCCUGUCUUUUUGGGAUGGACUGAAACGAAAGAUGCCCGACUCGUGUGCGGCGUGGGGAUGUACAAACCGGCGCACAGUGCAAAGCAAAUCGCAGGGAAUUACCUUUCACAGGUUUCCCAAAGAAAAUGACUUGAGGAGGCAGUGGGAAGUGGCAGCAAGGAGGAGAGGUUUCUCCGCCACCAAGUCCUCGGUCCUUUGCAGCGAGCACUUCAAACCGGAGGACAUUGACGCCACAGGCCAGACUGUCAGGAUUAGAGAAGGAGCCAAACCGUCUGUUUUCAGCUUUCAGUCUCCUCUCCAAAAACCACUGUUUACCAGGACAACACAAACUUCCAAAAAGGCUCAAGAGUCAUUGACAUCUGGUACUUCAAGAAAUGUGCGACAGACUGAACCACCUCCGCCGCCGCCAUCACCCCCACCUCCUGAUGUUGAUCACUGCUAUGCGCUGCCUGCGUCUCCCGCCGAUCUAAAGGCCCGACUGAUGGACGCCUUAGCGAGGGUGGAGAGUCUGGAGCGGGAGCUUCGGAACAUGAAGGACAGAGAGCGGCGGGCCAAGAACACCGUGUUUGGUCUGCUGGAGGAUCUGAGGGGCAAGAACCUCAUCAACGAAGAGCUCAAAGAUAAGCUGGAUUCAUACUCGGAUCUUCCAGUCCACCUGCUGUCCAAACAGGGCAACGACUACACCAAAGACCAGAGGGAGUUUGCCCUCACUCUCCACUUACAUGGUCCAAAAGUAUAUAACUACCUGAGAAAGUCUCUCCACCUCCAACUACCACAUCCACACACACUACAAAGGUGGAUGAGCUCCAUAGAUGCCAAGCAUGGCCUUGAUUCAACGUCUGUAAAAAUUACAGAAGAAGAAGAAGAGGCUGACGAUGCAAGUGAGACCCUCACUGACGCAGAGACUGACUUUCGGCAAAAUCCUCUCACACAAAACAUAACAGUGUCUGUAAAAGAUGUGGACACAGCUCGCCUGUCAGAAGACAACACAGGGGAAUCUUAAACCUGGGUGCAGUAUUUUGUAUUUUUUUUAAAUAUGCAAACGAUUUCCUAAAUGUACAAAGACUGUUAAUAGGAUUAGAAACACUUUCUUGUUUGAUGCAUUUUUGUG